AUGCUUGCUGGCGAUUCGUCACGCCUUACAAGUCAGGAACCAUCAAACGAUACUUUGGCGCUGAAAGGAAACCCAUUUCUGGAAUGGCUCGAACUGCUCACCGGAAUUCAGCGUCCCUCUCCUCCUCUGAUGCCCGCUGAAAAUUGCACAGAAUGCAAAUGCGGAAGAACAAAUCAGGUUAACCGAAUCGUAGGUGGCAUGGAAACACGAGUCAACCAGUAUCCUUGGAUGGCGAUUCUGAAGUACGGAGACUCGUUCUAUUGUGGUGGAACUCUAAUCACCGAUCGACACGUGAUGACCGCAGCCCAUUGUGUGCACGGUUUCAACAGGGCGAGGAUUAGCGUAACCAUGUUGGAUCACGAUCGAUCCAGUAGUUCGGAAACGGAAACCAUCACUUCGAAGGUAGAGCAUAUCUACAAGCACAGUGGCUACAGUCCUUUGAACUACGAUAAUGAUAUUGCCAUCUUGCGUUUGGAGAAUGCACUGGAAAUGAACGAUAAACUGCGUCCGGUAUGCCAACCCAGUUCGGGAGAAUCUUAUGCAGGAUAUAAUGGCAUAGCAACCGGCUGGGGAACAACCUCGCAAGGUGGCCAAGUCUCACCUACUCUGCAGGAGGUUACCGUACCGAUAAUGUCUAAUGAGGAUUGUAAAAAGUCAGCCUACGGAGAAAGACGCAUAACAGAAAAUAUGAUGUGCGCGGGAUUGCCGGACGGUGGCAAAGAUUCCUGUCAAGGGGACAGUGGUGGUCCUCUGCACGCCAUUAGCAAAGAGAUGGAAGCGGACAACGUUCACCAGCUUGUCGGUGUUGUGUCGUGGGGCGAAGGCUGCGCCAAACCGGACUAUCCGGGCGUUUACAGUCGGGUCAACCGGUAUGAGUCCUGGAUUCAAACGAACACCGUUGAUGGGUGCUACUGUAAUGAGGCGUUUCUCAAA